AUGAUGUGGGAACUCCGCUCCGUGGCCUUCACCCGAGCUGUCUUUGCAGAAUUCCUUGCCACGCUGAUCUUCAUCUUCUUUGGCUUGGGCUCCGCUCUCAACUGGCCUGUUGCCCCACCAAAUGUCCUCCAGAUUUCACUGGCCUUUGGUCUGGUCAUAGCCACUAUGGUUCAAGCGGUGGGGCAUGUCAGUGGGGCCCACAUCAACCCCGCAGUGACUGUGGCCUGUCUGGUGGGCUCUCAUGUCUCCUUCCUGAGGGCCAUCUUUUACGUGGUGGCUCAGAUCCUGGGAGCCGUGACGGGGGCUGCCCUUCUGCACCAGCUCACACCACCUCACAUCCGAGGCAACCUGGCUAUAAACAGGGUGCACAACAAUACAACAUCAGGGCAGGCAGUCACCAUGGAGCUGUUCCUUACGUUCCAGUUGGUGCUGUGCAUUUUUGCCUCCACUGAUGACCGCAGAAGUGAUAACUUGGGGUCCCCAGCCUUGUCCAUCGGGUUCUCUGUCACUCUGGGUCACCUACUUGGGAUCUAUUACACCGGCUGUUCUAUGAACCCAGCUAGAUCUUUUGCUCCUGCUGUGAUUGUGGGUGACUUUGACAGCCAAUGGGUCUUCUGGCUGGGACCAAUGGUUGGGGCAGUGGUGGCUUCCUUGAUCUACAACUAUGCUCUCUUCCCCCAUACAAAGACCCUUUCUGAAAGGUUAGCCAUCUUCAAAGGCUAUGAACCAGAGGAAGACUGGAAAGAGCGUGAAGUUCGCAGGCGGCAAUCGAUGGAGCUGCAUUCCCCGCAAACACUACCUCGAGGGGUGAUGGAGAAAGUUUAA